AUGAUUACAAAAAGAUUAUAUAGAUUAAUCCAUUUCGAAAAGGACGGCAGAAAGUUACACAGAAUUUACAUAAAAGAUAAGAAGAAAGGUAACAUCUCACCCUGGCACGAUAUCAAUCUUCUUGCAUAUAAUGAAAAAGAUCUCUUUCCAGCAGUAGUCACCUUAUCUCGAUAUAAUAUUGCUCAUUUCGAAAUGAAUCCUCAGCUUGAGUUUAACCCACUUGAGCAGGUUCAAGUAACAAACCCUAUAACAGGAAAACUAGAAAACCAAUUUUUCCGCCAAUUUCCAAACUUUAACUAUGCAUUUUUACCGCAAACCUGAAAUGAUCCCACAAAGCAAGACAUAAAAUACAGUGAAUACACUGGUGAUGGGCAACCAAUCGGGGUUAUUGAUUUAGGAGAUACUUACAUGCCUAUUGGACAUACUUUGGGAUAUAGAAUAAUUGGGGGAUUUUGUAUGUGCGUUCACGGAAGAUUUGCGUCUUGAAAAAUGUUAGGAAUUCCACAUCAAUCUCCAUUUCAUGAUAAGGUUAAAAACUUGAAAGAAUAUGAACAAGAAUAUCCUGGAAAAAUUGAUGCUAUUGUGCAAUGGUUUGAGAGGGCUUCAGCUCUUCAAGGAGAUAAUCCUGCUUUUAAGGAGGGUCCAAUAGAAGAACGUGAGUUUGCGCUGAAAAUGCUUGAAGAUGGGUAUAAAGGAUGGAAAAAAUUAAAAUUGCCAGAAUAUAAGGCGAACUUUAAUUAUUGGAUGAGGGAGGAGGUCAUUUCAACUGCUCUUGUGCUGAGAAGAUAA